UGCUGCCUCCUGGCCGGAAGAGGGCUCUUCCAACAUUGUUCUGACGUCAGUCGGGACAUUCCUUCCCUUUCCGGUGGGAAGGGCUUCGUCUCCCGGUUCUGCUCCGUGAUCCCGAGCCAAAGAGGAGAAGAAAAGGAGGAGCAUUGAAGAAUACAGGGAGUGGGGGCGGCCAUGAUCUCCGCCGGUUACGCUGUAAAGCAGCAGCAAGCGGCUAACUAACUUGUAACUGAGGGGAGAGGGAUACUGCACAGCCGGACUGGGUGGGGGGCUCGUCCCCUGUUCAUGGACCAAGCGGGCCUUGGAGCUGCAUAGUGUCUUGUGGAGCCUUUGCCAUGUCUGGAUAGGUCCUAGCGAGCAGCCGGGGGGAAGAACGCCUUAGUGUGUCCUCAGGGUGCGGGGAGCCACCCUACAAAUUGCCAUUUCUAUUGGCAGCAGUGCAACGCCAUUCACUAUCAUAACCUGCUUAGUUUAGCUAGGCUGCUCGCUGAGCCACGGGAAGAUGUCGGCCAAAGUGAGGCUGAAGAAGCUGGAGCAGCUGCUCCUGGAUGGGCCCCAGAGGAACGAGGCGGCCCUGAGUGUGGAGACCUUGCUGGAUGUGCUUCUCUGCCUGUAUACCGAGUGCAGCCAUUCCACCCUCCGCAGGGACAAGUAUGUCAGCGAGUUCCUGGAAUGGGCAAAACCCUUUACAGAUCUGCUCAAGGGAAUGCAGCUUCAUCGGGACGACUUUGAAAUUAUCAAAGUAAUUGGAAGAGGAGCUUUUGGAGAGGUUGCGGUUGUUAGAUUGAAAAGUACUGAACGCAUUUAUGCGAUGAAAAUCCUGAACAAAUGGGAGAUGCUUAAAAGAGCAGAGACUGCUUGUUUCCGAGAAGAGCGAAAUGUGUUGGUAAACGGUGACUGUCAGUGGAUCACUAGCUUACAUUAUGCCUUUCAGGAUGAGAACUAUUUGUAUUUAGUGAUGGAUUACUAUGUAGGUGGGGACCUACUGACUCUUCUCAGCAAAUUUGAAGACAGGCUUCCUGAAGACAUGGCCAGAUUUUAUCUUGCUGAAAUGGUGCUUGCUAUUCACUCUAUUCAUCAGCUGCAUUAUGUACACAGGGAUAUCAAACCCGAUAAUGUUCUCUUGGAUAUGAAUGGCCACAUUCGCCUAGCAGAUUUUGGAUCUUGUCUAAAAAUGAACGCUGAUGGAACUGUUCAGUCUUCAGUGGCCGUAGGAACACCUGACUAUAUCUCCCCUGAGAUCUUACAAGCCAUGGAAGAUGGAAUGGGAAAAUAUGGACCUGAAUGCGAUUGGUGGUCCCUUGGGGUGUGCAUGUAUGAAAUGCUUUAUGGGGAAACUCCUUUCUAUGCAGAGUCACUCGUGGAAACCUAUGGAAAGAUCAUGAAUCAUGAAGAAAGAUUUCAGUUCCCAUCUCAUAUUGGGGAUGUGUCUGAAUCAGCCAAAGAUGUUAUCCAGAGGCUAAUCUGCAGCAGGGAGAGGCGACUCGGUCAAAAUGGAAUUGAUGAUUUUAAGGCUCAUCCGUUUUUUGAAGGAAUCGACUGGGAUAACAUUAGAAACUUGGAAGCCCCCUACAUUCCUGAUGUCAGCAGUCCCUAUGACACAUCAAACUUUGACGUGGACGAUGAUGUUCUAAGGAACCCUGAAGUUAUUCCUCCAAGUACCCACAGUGGCUUUUCAGGCUUCCAUCUGCCAUUUGUAGGAUUUACAUACACAACAGACAGCUGUUUUUCUGACCGUGGCUCCUUAAAAGACACCAUUCACUCGAAUGCUGUGACCAAAGAUGAGGAUGUGCAGCGAGGCCUUCAAAAUAGCUUACAGAUUGAUGCCUAUGAGAGAAGAAUCAGGCGACUCGAGCAGGAAAAACUGGAGCUAAACAGGAAAUUACAAGAGUCAACUCAGACAGUCCAGUCUCUGCAAGGUGGUUCUAGAACAACAGGAACAUUAACCAGAGAGAAAGAAAUCCGAAAGCUAAAUGAAGAAAUCGAACGGCUGAAGAAUAAAAUAUCAGAUUCAAAUCGAAUAGAGCGGCAGCUGGAGGAUGUUGUUGCUCUGAGGCAGCAAUAUGAGGAUUCCACAAACAAGAUGAAAGGCCUGGAGAAGCAACACCGUGCUCUGAAACAGGAACGUGAUGAUCUACAAAAGCAAUUUAGUGAUGCUCAGGAGAGGUUAAAAUCCCAGACCAAGGAGCUGAAGGAUGCCAAUCAACACAGAAAGGUGACUCAGCAAGAGUUUGCUGAACUUACUGAGAAAAUGGCGGAAUUGAGAUCACAGAAGCUAAAGCUGUCCCGCCAGCUACGAGAUAAAGAGGAAGAAUUGGAGCUGGUUAUGCAGAAAAUUGACACCAUGCGCCAGGAAAACCGCAAAUCUGAGAAAGCUAGAAAAGAGUUGGAAGCACAACUUGAUGAUGCCACUGCUGAGGCAUCAAAGGAACGCAAAUUGCGUGAACACAGUGAGAUAUUCUGCAAACAGUUAGAAAGUGAAGUGGAAUCUCUUAAGUUAAAACAGGGAGUUCGAACUCCUGGUGCAACAUUAGAGCAUCAGCAGGAGCUCUCAAAAGUCAAAUCUGAGCUGGAAAAGAAGAACUUGUAUUUUGAAGAAGAGCUAUUAAGACGUGAAACAGCUCAUUCAUUUGAGAUGAAAAACAUAAAGAAAGAAAUACAUGAUUCUGAGAGUCAGCAGCUUGCCCUAAAGAAAGAGACCCUCAUGCUGAAAGAUAAGCUUGAAAAAGCAAAACGUGAGCGGCAAUCUGAGCUGGAAGAAGCUGUUGGAGCCGUAAAGGAAAAAUAUGAGCGAGAGAGGAGCAUCCUUUUAGAUGAAAAUAAAAAACUUUUUUCUCAAACAGAAAGGCUCUCUUCCUUUGUGGAUAAAUUGACUGAGCAGAAUCGGCAGCUGGAAGAUGACCUGCAGGACCUUACAGCUAAAAAGGAAUCUGUAGCUCACUGGGAAGCUCAGAUUGCUGAAAUCAUUCAGUGGGUAAGUGAUGAAAAAGAUGCCCGUGGUUAUCUUCAAGCUUUAGCGUCAAAGAUGACCGAAGAACUUGAGUCAUUAAGGAGUUCAAGUCUUGGAUCCCGAGCCCUGCCUGACCUCUCAUUCCCGCAAGGCUUGGCCCCUUACAAUUCUGAUAGGCUGGAUCCACUAUGGAAGGUGCGACGUAGUCAGAAACUUGACAUGUCUGCGCGUUUGGAGUUACAGUCCGCUUUAGAUGCUGAAAUUCGUGCCAAACAGGUGGUCCAAGAAGAGCUGAGAAAGGCCAAGGAUUCAAAUAUUCUCUUUGAAAGUAAACUGAAGGAUGCAGAAUUGAAAAAUAAAGAACUUUUAGAGGAGAUGGAGAAUCUUAAAAAGAAGCUGGAGGAAAAAUACAAAGACGACAGUGGACUCAAAAUUCCUGACUUUCAUGAGUCCAUCUUUGAGUAUUUUAACACCUCUCCGCUGCCACAUGACCUAACCUUAAGAAGUAGUACAAUUAGUGAGCCUGAUAUCCCAUCUCCCAAACCGGAAGUUUCUGCAUCACUUGCCCAUCCUUCCACCAAUGACCAACAAGAGGAGCUGUCAAGGUCUCAGUCUCGGACACAGCCUGCCCCAUCUCCCACAUUUACACCAAUAUCAGUCUCCAUCCCAAAGCCCAAAGCACACCAGCUUAUUAUAAAGUCCUUUGUGAAUCCCACACAGUGUUCCCACUGCACAUCACUCAUGGUUGGGUUGGUGAGGCAAGGAUAUGCAUGUGAAGUGUGUCCUUUUGCGUGCCAUGUAUCAUGCAAGGACAGUGCACCACAGGUUUGUCCUAUUCCAGCAGAGCAGGCCAAGAGACCACUUGGAGUAGAUGUACAAAGGGGUAUUGGAACUGCUUACAAGGGAUAUGUGAGGAUUCCAAAACCUACCGGAGUGAAAAAAGGCUGGCAGAGAGCAUUUGCUGUAGUUUGCGACUGUAAGCUGUUUCUGUAUGAUGUCCCAGAAGGACGUUCUACUCAGCCUGGAGUUGUUUCCAGCCAGGUUGUAGAUCUUAGGGAUGAAGACUUUUCUGUGAGCUCUGUUUUGGCAUCUGAUGUCAUACAUGCCACACGCAAGGACAUUCCCUGCAUAUUUAGGGUGACAGCUUCUCUUCUAGGUUCUCCCUCCAAAACCACAGCAUCUCUUCUAAUACUAACAGAGAGUGAAGCAGAGAAGAGGAAGUGGGUUGGAAUUCUGGAAGGGCUGCAAGCGAUUUUACAGAAAAACAACCUGAGGAACCGGGCAGUGCAUUGUCCACAGGAAGCCUAUGACAGCACUUUGCCUCUUAUUAAAACUAUUGUAGCUGCUGCUGUUGUAGAUCAUGAUCGAAUAGCUGUUGGCACUGAAGAAGGACUGUAUGUAAUAGAGGUUACAAGAGAUGUGAUUGUUCGUGCUGCUGACUGUAAAAAAGUCUACCAGAUAGAACUGGUUCCCAAAGAGAAGAUUGUUAUUCUUGUGUGUGGGCGUAAUCACCAUGUUCACCUGUUUCCUUGGUCCUCCCUUGAUGGCUCAGAGGGCAGCUUUGACAUCAAAUUGCCAGAGUCCAAAGGUUGCCAAUUCAUUACAACUGGAUCACUGAAAAAAUCCGUUUCUCCCUGCUUGUUUGUGGCGGUCAAACGGCAGAUCUUUUGCUAUGAAAUCCAUAGAACUAAACCAUUCCAUAAGAAGUUCAAUGAGAUUGUGGCUCCAGGAAAUGUACAGUGGAUGGCUGUGUUUAAAGACAAACUCUGUGUUGGUUACCAGUCUGGGUUCUCAUUGUUGACCAUACAUGGAGAGGGACAGCCCAUAAAUUUGGUGAACCCCAAUGAUCCUUCCCUAGCAUUUUUGUCACAGCAGCCAGUGGAUGCCCUGUGUGCAGUAGAGCUCAGUAAGGAUGAAUACUUGCUUUGCUUCAGCCAGUUAGGAAUAUAUGUGGAUUCUCAAGGACGAAGGACACGAAUGCAGGAGCUGAUGUGGCCAGCAACUCCUCUCGCUUGCAGUUGCAGCUCUUCAUAUGUUACAGUUUACAGUGAGUAUGGCAUUGAUGUUUUUGAUGUCUCCACCAUGGAAUGGGUUCAGACCAUCGGUUUAAGACGGAUAAAGCCUCUAAAUGCAGAGGGUUCCCUGAAUUUACUGAAUUCUGAGCCUGCGCGUCUCUUGUAUUUGAAGAGCAUAUAUUCAGAGGGACCUAUCCUGACAGUGCCAGAAACAUCUGACAACAGCAAAAAGCAAAUGGUCCGGACCAGGAGCAAAAGAAAGUUUGUGUUCAAGGUUCCAGAAGAGGAGAGAUUGCAGCAAAGAAGGGAGAUGCUUCGAGAUCCUGAACUAAGAUCAAAAAUGAUCUCCAACCCCACCAAUUUCAACCACGUGGCACACAUGGGACCAGGGGAUGGAAUGCAAGUGCUCAUGGACCUGCCUCUGAGUGUAGUGCCGUCAUCUCAAGAUGAAAAUUCAAGGGAGCGACUUCGUCCUCCUUCCACCAAUGUUGCUCGUCAGCAGCAACAGCGAAGCAAGUCAUACAUCUCAUGGCCCUCGUCAGGACCUGGAGAGUUAUCCUCACGAAGUAUAGGGGACCCUGACCAAGAAAUAGAAAAAGAGCCAGAUUCAGAUUCCACAAAACAUUCCACUCCUUCAAACAGCUCCAAUCCCAGCGGCCCCCCGAGCCCUAAUUCUCCACAUAGGAAUCAGCUGACGUUGGAUGGCUUGGAUCAAUCCGCAUGCGAUGCGUAACACUGUUUCCGUAGCAAGACUUCACAGCGUCCUAUUACCUGAUACAGUGGGAGGGUGCAUUGGUUUCAUCUGUUAGUGCCAAGAUGAGAAAUACCUAGUGUUGCACAAAUCCUGAACCCCCAUAUUGUAGAUACAGUUAACAAAAAAUUAAAAGGAAAAAAAGUUUAAUAUAUGUGAUCAAGCUUUUAUAUGCAAAAGUAUUCACUGUUUGUAGUAGUGAUUCCGUUCCCUGUUUUACACUACAGUGACAAGAUAGGAUAUUAUGUUUUAAUUUUUAAAUGACACCCAUUGUAUGAUGCUGCUAGCUCUGGGGCAAAAAAAAAAAAAAAACAAUUAAAGAGGCUGCUUAUUGAGGUUGCUACCUAGCACCAGAUAGGAUAUUCCAUUAGGAAAGUAAUGAUUGUUCUUAUUAACAGGAAAUUUGGCUAGGGUGAUUUGGGAAUUUUGCAUAGGAAUGUGAAGCUUGGCAGGGGUGCAGCACAGUGAAGCCUAGUGGCGCUCUUGCCUGCGCCAUGUAUCCCUAAUGGUGCAAACAUUCUCACUUACGCCAUGAGCGGGCUGUGCUGCCGCCAGUUUUACACCUGAUACUGGAGUCUUGGCUAUUUUUAUCAAACCUCUAGUUUGUAUUAUCUCAAAUACCAGUAUUUCAUCAGACGGUUUUUAAGACUUCAUAACAAUGAAAUCAGGUUCUAAGAUCCUCUACGUCUCGUCACAACAAAAAAACAGCAUCACAAUAUCUGUCUGUAGGAUUAAGGCAUAUUUAUUCUGUAGAACAAAUUGAUCACGGAUGCCCUGUGUCUUGAAUGUGUGUGCUGCCUGUGUCACAGAGCAGGUAUAGAGUAAGUGCCCUAGCGAAAAUGUCUCCGCAUUCCAUUCCUUGUCUCUUUGAAAUGGGCUGGCAGUUACUGGGUUAGGUCUUUUUUGGAAACCUCAGAUUGCUUUUAAUUACUUUAUUAAGCUGCAUACAUAACUGUCCAUCAUUCCAGUGGCUUCAGUUUCAAUACCCUUCCCCUCUUUACCUUUCUUUCAAUUUAAUAGCCUUGUGUCUAGAGAACAUGUCUGUGAAACAAUAUUGCUUCUUUAUAUACAGUCUCCGUUUCUCAGAGACUACACUACUAUGUUUAGGGAAGGGACCAUUGUGACAGUGUGAAGAUUAUGUUCCAGGGCACAAGAAGCAAGAAGGGAUCUGCGUCACGCUAACCCACAGUCGUCUUAUUUUCUUUCACCAAGCACCUUGGAUGGAGUAAGGUCUGCGGCCUGUUGCAGGAGAAUGCAUUAUUGCCCCUUCUUGCAUAUAAUGACAUGUAUAGAUACUCUCUCUUCUAAUUUGUUUUCUGCUCAUACCCCCCAUCACCCUGACACAGCUGGACUCUUUGUAUUUAUGCUUGCAUGAGAGACACGAUUAUCAUAGGCCAUCGAUCAUUACAAACGCAAUGUAUAUUUUACUUCAGUAUCAUGCAUUCACGUGGUUCUGUGUGUAUAUUUAAUCUCAUUCUUCCAUGUAUUAUAUAUUUUAUUCACAAUCCGUGACCUUGUUUCCAUUAAAAGCUUGUAAUUAAUUUUGUGGCUGGCAUAUCUAUUUUGUCACUGUCACACUAGCGUGCCUUCUGUGCCAUAUGACAGUCAGAUUGUCAUUAAUUUAAAUCUGGUUUUAUUGGGCUAGUAAUGAAAUAAACCAACAGUUAAUGGUUCCUCUCUGAAACACUGUAUAGUACUUGCACUUAUUUUUAGUUUUAAACCAAGUGAUCUAGUCUCCAAUAUAUAUAAAUAUAUAUAUAUUAUUUUUUUUGUUGCGUCUAUUUGUUCCUUCUUUGUUUAAAAUGAGUGAAGAGGCUGUGUUGGAGCCACCCACUACUGCUUAUGGGGUUUUCUGAUUUUUACUUUUUUAAUGUAAGUUGUCUUUGUAAUUAUAAAUUGUAAGAACAUUAUUUUUUUUAAACAAUUGACCUGUUAAUAAAUCCGCAGAGGGCAGUUUGGAAGUUCAUACUGGUCUGUCUUGACAUAUUAAAACAUUUUACAGUGAUGCACAA